AUGAUCGAGGUUUGCUGCCACAGCGCAGACUUGUCAGUUCCGAUCGAGACAGCAGUGUUGUCAGCCGAGGUCGAGCUGGACGGCUUCGUGAUAGGUCGCACGCAGCCAUGCUCAGCUCCGGGACCCAGGUCACAGCCCAGUUGGGAGGAGCGUUUUCCUGUGAUGGGCACCGGCCGGUGGAUGACCCUGCGGGUGCUGGACCCCAACAUGAUCGGCGAGUCCCGCUUCGACCUCCAGGCUUUCAUCUCGCAGCAGAGGGACGGCCAAAAGCAAGCCUCGUCUCUGCUGCGUGGUGAAGCCCUGGUCGGAACGAUCUGGGCCUCCGUUCAACCGCUCUCUUCGCCUUCGCGUGCCAAGACGGCAGGCGAAGCUCCGACGCUGAGCCAGCAGCUACAAAUCUUGAGGCAAGGCUCGUCAUCAUCGCAGUCUCCUGGCUCUAAGAUGUCGAACGGAUCGCAGCUGCGCUCGCCGGGAAGGCGCCUCGGCUGCAUUGCCUUUCCUUCGCGGGCCGGUCAGAGGAGUCCUAUCCCCUGUGGAGGCUCUGCUCCUCGGGUCUCCAGCCCCAGCCCGGUGAUGCGAAGCAACACUUUGCUCGAGGAGCGGCGGCCAGCACCACUGGGUGCGGCGGUUUUGACCGCCGCUGGGACGCCCCAGGCGAGCGCCAGUGGAACGCCGGGAACCUCUCGUUUUAAGGCGAACUCGGACCUUGACAGCGCCAGGCACUCCCAGAUCUCAGGAGCGAGCCCUGCAUCAGCCUCCACGGCAAGAGCGAGCCCAAACGCUCCGCGCCCCGCUAGGUCGCGGUCGACCCUUUCUGCUGGCUCCGAGAAGUCACCAGGCUCCAGGCUGAACUUCACGGAGAAGGCCCAAAGAGACUUGGUGGAGCUCAUGCGGAGCAAGGAUCGGCUGAGGGCAUAUGCGGAGAGGCCCUUCAAGGCCGGGCGCGCGUUGCUGGCUGGAAAUCGGCUGGGCUUCGAGGACUUUCAGCAGGCUCUGCGGGAACUGCUCCAGGAGCUUCACAUCAGCGUGCCAGGAGACAAGCAGAUGCAGGCACUCUUUGACAAGCACCGGGGCGAGAACGAAGGCGUCAGCUCUGAGGACUUCGAGGCUCUCCUCUUCCGUCUCUUGUGCUUCCUCCGGGCCUCCGAGGAAGUUCGAGUGAAUCCUGGUGCCGAUGCCCGCUCCUGCUCGGAGGAGAGGGACAAGCGGUGGAGGCAAGAGUUCAUCCAGAAGAACCCACAGAGGUUUCACGACGUGUACGAGGUGCAGCGGCAGCUGGGAAAGGGCUCUUUUGGCACUGUGUACCUAGUCUCACACAGGACGCAAGUUGACCAAAACAAGGAGAAGCGAGUUCGGGUCUGCAAGAUCAUCAGCAAGCUCAAGGCUAAGGAAGCCAAAACAUCGGAAGCCAAGGUCCGCGAGGAGUUUGCUGUGCUCAAACAGCUCGACCAUCCCCACGUCCUCAGAAUAUUUGAGGACUUUGAGGAUGACGAGAACUUUUACCUUGUUAUGGAGCAAUGUCGGGGUGGCGAUCUCGGGGCAUACGUCAAGCGUCUGGAGCCCAUGGAUGCCUACUCCUAUGAAUUCUGGGUUUCGAAGGUGAUGCAGCACACACUGUCGGCCAUUGCCUACUGCCACUCGAAGGCCGUGAUUCACAAGGACCUCAAGCCUGAGAAUGUUAUGCUCUCCACGACUCGGGACACCCCAGUUGCACAGAUGCAUGUUGUCGUGGUCGACUUCGGUUUGGCGGAGGUCUUUGCAAACUCUACGGACCGCAGUGAUGUGGUGUCGGGCACUCCGCCGUACAUGGCCCCCGAGGUCUGGCAGGGCAACUUCAGCAAGAGCUGCGACGUUUGGUCAGCUGGCUGCAUGCUGUUCUUCCUGUUGUCUGGGCGCUUGCCCUUCAUCGCAGCCACUGUAAAGGAGUUUCCCAAGGCUGUUCAGCAAGAGCCAGACUGGGCUCCGGCCUUGGCACACAGCAGCCGCCGGAGUCUCUUGUGUGAACUCGUGAUAUUGCUGGACUUAGGCCGCGAUGGGCGGAGCCACCCAGGAAGCGCAGCAGAUCUGCAGGCAGAUGCUCCAGAAGAUGGAGCAUCAGCGGCCGACUGCACAGACUUGUUUGAAGGUGUUCAGGAUUGGGAAAGCAGCCCCAGCAGUGGAAGGGUCCAACUCUGCAUCAGGGGCGUGCACACAUUUCUCAGGUUCACAGACGAGGGCUGCUUUCAGCACCUGACAUGGAGAGGCCGCUACCGCUCUGAAGAAGACGCAGCAAACUUCGAGAAGAAGGCUUGUCCACUGGCCGCUUCUGGAAACCGAAAUCGGCUGAGUCGGCAGAUUCUGCAGUGGUACCGUGCCCACGCGCUCGGAUGCUUUGGGAGCAGGAUCCUCUUGCACCAGGACUGCCCAAGUUUCCAAUCAUCAGGUGCUCCUGCUGGCGCGGGCAAGCUCCGGGCAGCUCUCUGGAGAAGCCAGCAGGCCCUACAUUCCAAUACUUGGGCACAUGACGAUGUGCCGCCUUUCUCCAUGAGUGAUGUGGCGCAGGCAUGCUUGCUGGGCUCACCGGAGCGCUUCGACUGGCGCCGAGAGAAGCUAUUGGAUUGGGUGCGGCUGGGAAGCUGUGGCCAAGUCGCUGGUUCGGUCGCACUUUCCGAGAGCCCCUCGAACUGUGCAUGCAGCGGCUGGUGGUCUGUCUGGUGCAGAGGUCCCGAACAGGUGUACUUUGCCCAGGGCUCCAUGCCCUUCAGCAACUCCACGUUUGCUAACAAGACCUGCUGGUGUGAUGGAGGGCGGCGCGAGGAGCCCAACUGGCCAUCAUGGCUGGAAGCAUCACAGCUCUGCACCACCUUCUUGCAGCUCCCUUUGCUUUGGGACGGUGUAGGCUUCGACAAGGAUGGCAUCAUGUGGGAGAACAAUAACAUUCGGAACGUGCGCACUUUCUAUGGACGUGUUGUCUAUGUUGGCAGCAAGCGACGUGCAGCGGCACACCACUGCGAACGGAGUACACUGAGAGAGACUGGCGACAUUGGUGGAGCCAGACAUGCACGCCUGGUCUUGCGGGCGUUGCUUCCAACUUAUUACCGCCAUGUCUAUGCUCGGAACGUGGCGAAUAUCUUUUACCAUGGCAUCGCAACUACCAGCUUGGAUGACGUUUUCGCUACUGAAGUCAGCGAGGUGUGCAGAACAUCUUCCGGUUGGCUGGACCACAUGUGGACUCACCAGAGCCUGCGCAAAGGCUAUCUGUUGUCCCAUGAUGCCAUGAGCAGAGACAUGGACUCUUGCGACACGUCUUGGCCGUGCCACUAUGAUAGAGUGGACUCAACAGACUCCACAGACGAGGGAUGCUUGCUGUGCGAUGCACAGCGCCCAUGCUUUCACGGCAGGGUCGAAGAAGCUUGUACAAGCCCGGAUUUCCACUUCUCGCGGUGGCAUGCAGUCCGGGACUCAUUUGGAAGUGCUAGGAUUGUCGCGGCCGCCAAUGGCUGUCGCCGAGCUCCUGCAGCUGGAGGGAGUGCCCUGGCGGCAGCCAGGUGUCAAGCAGUUGGUACUUCACCUCAGACUUCAAAGCGGCAAUGCGCUGGAUCUCAGGAUGGGGCUGCGGACGCUAAGCGGAGCUGCCUCCGCUGUGAGUGGUUUGUGCAGAUGGGCCUGGCAGGUCACAGUAAUCCAGCCGGUGCCCUGAACAACAAUCAAAUUCAAAGCUUGCUGGCAGUUGGCCAGAGAUCUGAAUUUGAGAAGUUUGUCACCCGGUUCGUUGCCACGCAGCUCGAUGCCAGUCAGCAAACUACCGUGAACGAGGCUUUCAAGGCUUUUGACGCGGAUGGUGAUGGGCAUCUCUCUGCUGAAGAACUCAGGCAGGGGCUUAUGCAGUUUGGGGCCUCACCGGAGCAAGCAGAGCAGAUCGUCAGCGAGUUGGAUGUUGGCCGAACGGGCCAAGUCUCCUACACCGAGUUCCUCGCUGGCAUCAUCAACUUGCGCUGCAAGAAGCCAGAGGAGCAAGACAGACUGCUGUCCAUUGCCUGGGAGCAAUUCCGUCCGGAUACCAGCGGACUGGUCAAGGUUCAGGACAUCCAGAAUGCACUGGCCACAAGAGGUAUGACUGUUGCCGACAUGCCUGAUGGCUUCCUUGCAGCCCUCAACAAGGACCACACGCAGUACAUUUCCUUUGACUCGUUCAAGUCGCUGCUACUCUUUGACGACUCUGAUCAAUUGGCAGCGGCCUUAACUGCAGCCAAAGCUCCAGCCGCCUCGGCCUUCUUCGUCCAACCAGCGACCAUCAGAGACCUGAAACCAAGUUGA